GAGGAGGCAAUCCAAAAGUCCGAUCAUUAUCUGCAUUCUGUGAACCAAAAAGCAAACCCUCAGUUUCUCUAUCUAUGUCUGCAAUCAUUUUGACAGUUUUUCUCUCCCUUAUAACUCAAACUCUCUCAUCACUUCUUCCAGGUUCUUAUUUCUACUAUCUUGGAGAUUUGGGUUUCUUCCGUGGCUGACGUGCUGCACCCACAAGAAUUGUUGAAGGCAAAGAUUUUUCAAGAUUUAAUCGCGUGCCUUAACUUUUUAUGGGAUCCAUGAUUGCUUGGUGUUUAUAUAGUUUUCUUGGGUUACGGUUUUAUCCGAAUUGAAAUCCCCUAUAGUGGCUUUGUACUUUUUUUUUUUUGGGGUCCUUUGGUGAUAUUUGGAAGGAAAUGAUUCCCGAUUCCUCUGUAAUUGUUUCUUAUAGUUUUCUAUGGUCAAGACUCCGCAUGUUUUAUUUAUUUCAAAUAGCUCGGAAACAAAUAUGUACGGAAUAAUUCACAGCUUUGAACGUUCCCCCGAUACUGUAUAAUAAAAUCAUCUCAUUGUUAGUAACCCCCCCCCCCCCCAAAAAAAAAAAAAUCUUGUCCAUCUAAUUUAUUUUUCUGGGAAAAAGACUGACAAACAAUCUAUAACUUAUAAUUCCCUAUCAUUGACGCACAAGAUAUAUUAUAAUAAAAAUUAUUUGCAUUUAUUCAUGGGGAGUCCCGUAUUGAGUAAUCGCAGCAACGGGCAACCGCUAUUAGGUAUCACUGAACCCAUUUCAUUGGGUGGGCCAACUGAUUACGAUGUGAUCAAGACCCGUGAACUUGAGAAGUAUUUGCAAGACGCAGGACUGUAUGAGAGUCAGGAGGAGGCUGUGAGCAGGGAAGAAGUGCUUGGCAGGCUAGACCAGAUUGUGAAGAUUUGGGUUAAAGCCAUUAGCCGUGCAAAGGGAAUCAAUGAGCAACUGGUGCAAGAAGCAAAUGCCAAAUUUACUUUUGGCUCCUAUCGGUUAGGGGUGCAUGGUCCUGGAGCAGAUAUAGACGCUCUUUGUGUGGCCCCUAGAUAUGCAAGCAGAGAGGAAGAUUUUUUUAGUGAGCUACAAAAUAUGCUAUCUGAGAUGCCAGAAGUAACAGAAUUGCACCCUGUGCCUGAUGCACAUGUUCCAGUGAUGGGAUUCAAGUUCAAUGGUCUUUCCAUAGACCUCCUUUAUGCAAAGUUAUCAUUGUGGGUUGUUCCAGAAGAUUUAGAUGUAUCACAGGAUUCAAUAUUACAAAAUGCAGAUGAGCAGACUGUUCGCAGUCUUAAUGGUUGUCGGGUUACUGAUCAAAUUUUGCAUUUGGUUCCUGAAGUGCAGAAUUUUCGAGGCAUUAAGAUGUGUGUAAGAUUUGGGGCAAAGCGCCGAGGUGUUUAUGUUUCAGGCUUUCUUGGUGGUAUAAAUAUGGCAUUGCUUGUUGCUCGAAUAUGCCAGCUUUAUCAUGCCCUCCCUAAUAUGUUAGUAUCUCGAUUUUUCUCCGGGUAUACACUCAGUGGCGUUUGGCCAAAUCCAGUAAUGCUUUGCAAUAUUGAAGAAGGAUCUCUUGGACUUCAAGUUUGGGAUCCUAGAAAAUAUCCCAAGGAUGGAUAUCAUCUAAUGCCGAUAAUUACCACUCCUGCUUAUCCUUGUAUGAACUCCAGUUACAAUGUGUCAUCAAGUACUUUGCGCAUUAUGUCAGAGGAAUUUCAAAGGGGAAGUGAAAUAUGUGAG